AUGGCAGCUACGUUAAUAAACGAAGUAAGAUUUGGAAGGCAUGGCGUUUUUGAACUGAAACCAAAACAAGUGAAGUAAGAUUCAAGUUUGAUUGUUUUUUUUAACUAAUUUGUAAUUUAACUUGAACAAUUAACUAAUUGGCUUUGCUCGAGGGGUAAAUUAAUCGAUUACCGAAAUUUUGAGAAUUUUUGAUUAUCUUGAGAUGAGUAACGUAAAUAGUUUAUUAAUUACUCCGUAUACUAAUUACAAUGCCUGCCCUAACUAAGCCACAAAUUCAACUAAUAACUUAAUAUAUUUUCUUUCAGGUUAUAUAACUUCUACUAUACAUUCUACAUAAAUUAUUUAAUACACAUCUUUGUCUGGUUCAACCUGGCUUUAGCAAUUUUUGAAAAACCUGCAGUCAGUGGCUAUGAGCUACCAUAUUGGGUAAGCACUCAAUUAUUCGUAUUUAUCAUAUGUACAUUCUUUUUGUGUUACAGUAAAACUGAUCUAAAACUCUGUUUUAUUUCUAGGCCACAAUGAUAAUGGAGUUUGUUUGUAUAUUUGUAUUUGCACUAUGCCUGUUUCACAGAUGGUAUAUAGCGCCUGAUGGUUGUUUUUGGAAUGAUAAGAAAAAUGUUAUACUAACAUUCACAAUAACUGUAAGUGUGCAUGUAUAAAAUCUCAUUAAUAAUUCAUGAGAAAACACAAAAAAAUCAUGAUAUAUAUUUUGUACAAAAUGUUUGAGAGCUCUGGAUGAAAUAUUCUGUACAAAAGUUGGUAUAGCCAGCUCACGAAAAAUUGAAACGUCACGCAAGACGCACAAAAACCAGACUUUCGUUUACAACUUUUGACAUUCAUUUCUCCAGAUAACGUUUCUGGAUAUGUUGUUGUAUUCUAUUUUCAUGGAAAAUGGUCUUGAAUCGAUAGUUAGGCGUUGGUCAAGAAUACUUCGUCCUGCGUUUCUUAUAAAUCUUCAAGCACGACAGGUGAGGAAAUGUAUGUUUAAGAUUAUAAUGUUGAUUUAGUCCAUGUGCUUCCAGUUUGACUCUACCAAACAUCGGAGCUAGAUUUCGCCCGCAGAAUAACACUGACCCAAUAAGCGAUGAUUCUUAUUGGACUAUAGGCAGAACAUGCAUUGAAAAUCUAAUAUUCUAUCCAGUACAAAUUAAGUUUUAGUUUAAAUUCAUGGAUAAUAAUUGCGAUAUAUUCCCUUCUUUAAAACAAAUUAUAUUUUAUCAGAUUCGUCGAGCAUUUAGAAACAUUAGAAGAACAAUAUUUGGUAUUUUGAACGUGCUGGUGUUGCUUCUACUUGCCAUUGGGUUGUUUGCCUUGCUCGCCACAAAACUCUUUGAAAAUAGGUGAAGUAGUAAAAAUUUUCAUGACUUUAAUUGUCGUUAUCUGGAUUAUGCGCUAUGUGGCCUUCCGCGUGACACUAAUCAUAACAAUAGGACCAUCCAGUAAUGAUACAAUGAUCAGAAUGUUCCAUUGUCUUUUCAUUGUAGUUCUGGUAUAUUGGUGUAUUUGCAUGUAGUGAAGUGCAAUAAAUUGUAUUGUGAUCUGCAUACUCGAUGUUGUGACGCGCAUGUAUUUCUUAAUUGUUCUAUAAUUGUUCCUAAUUAAUUUUCUUUAUGAUUCUUAAUUGUUUUAGAAAUCUUAAAGAUAUUGAUGGCAAUCCUUAUUUCCAGAACUAUCUCGAGUCUUACUACCAACUUUAUAUUCUUACGACAACAGCAAACAACCCUGACAUAGGGUAAACUAUACUUUUAUACACCUCAAUGCUCAUGUUUUUUUAUGAAGUAGGCCUAUACAGUAAAAAGAUAAUAUAUAGAUAUUUUUCAACCCUCAACACUAUAUUACUUUUGCUUCUGUUACCUAGGAUUUCUGCAUAUGACAGCAACAACUGGUUUGCGUUAUUCUUCGUCGUUUUCCUUGUCAUAUGUAUGUAUAUUUUUCUCAGUAUUUUAUUGGCUGUUGUCUAUACAAACUACAAAAAUAAUUUAAAGGUAAAACGUUCAUAAAUUUCAUUUAUUUAUCUCUAAUGAUUCUAUGUUACUGAUGCCUUGAUUGCACUGCUUAAUCGAGAUUCUUAUUAGGAGUCCGGCGAAUUUACUUAUCAUCUAAAGUUUGAGUCAAUUGUCAGAUAUUUUGUAAGAUGCAUGCUAAUUCCAAAUCGCUAGAUUUCCUUUUCGUUUACCAACAGGAUGAAAUUCGUUGUUCAGUCUACCAAAAAAGACGACAUUUGAAAGAAGCAUUUGAUUUAAUCUGUGAAGAGUUGAACGAAUGCAAGGUGUUGAAAUUUGACACAUGGAAGUCUCUUCUUGAAGUGUUGUGUCCAAAAUACAGUCCAGGAAAAAUCAGCUUGUUAUGGAAUGUUUUGGAUCGAGAAAACAACAAUUACAUAAGUAAACACUUGUUUAGUUACAUCUUUCUGUGA